GCGGACAGCACAUGACAACGGAGAGAGAGAGAGAGAGAAUCCAAAUAUUGCAAACAAAACACAAAGAAGAAGAAGAAGAAGCAGCAGCAGCAGCAGCAGCAGAAUAAGAAGGAGAAGAAGAAGAAGAGACGAAGCUCCUUCAUUUUCGCCUCUCCCUCUCCCUUUUCCGGCGAACACUUCUCCCAUCACGUCACCUAAUCAUCGAUUCUCAUUCUCAUUCUCCUAUUCCUAAUCUAAGUUACUUUCUCGCGUUUUCCUUUUCAUUUUCCUCCUCUUUCUCCUUCAACAUUCUCUCGAUUCUCGCAUCUCUAUUCCCUAUCUUUUCACCUUCGUCUCGCAUUGGAAGCUGAAGGCACCGCAUCUACAUUUGCCUGAUCAACCAAUCUGUAUAAGCUUGAUUUAAUCUUGGGAGACCCGUUUAAGCGACUCUCUUUGAAAUGGACGAUUUCCUUUGAAGAUCCCGCUGAUUUUUAUUAAUUCAAUGUCGCUUUUUCUUUGAUUUGGCUGGAUGCCUGAGACGAGAUUGGGUUGACUAGGUGUAACUUUGUGUUCCCUUUGCGGUUCCCUUCAGGAUUCUCGUUCGAUUUGUUUGGAUUGCAGGAAAAUUUCUGGUGAAGGGGCGCAUGUUGGGAUCACAGGUGGGCGCAUUGUUAAACUAGUGGCUCCGGUUUAGGUUUCGAGGGACCGAGCAAUGUCCUCCAGGGGUGAGAAUCAUACGGUCCCGCUUUCGGUGUUGCUGAAACGCGAAUUGGCGAGGGAGAAGGUUGAGAGGCCGGAGAUCUCUCAUGGUCAGGCUAGCCAAAGCAAGAAAGGGGAGGACUUCACGAUGCUCAAAGCCGAAUGCCAACGCCUUGCCGGCGAUGGGGUUUCUACGUAUUCUGUUUUCGGGCUAUUUGAUGGACACAAUGGGACUGCGGCUGCCAUAUAUUCUAAGGAGAAUCUUCUAAACAAUGUUUUAGCUGCCAUUCCUUCUGACCUUAAUAGAGAUGAGUGGGUUUCUGCACUGCCACGGGCUUUGGUUGCAGGAUUUGUCAAGACCGAUAAAGAUUUUCAAGAUAGAGGGAUACCUUCGGGAACAACUGUUACCCUUGUGAUUAUUGAAGGAUGGGUUGUAACUGUAGCAUCUGUUGGUGACUCUCGUUGCAUACUUGAAUCUGCUGAAGGUGUAAUAUAUUAUAUGUCUGCUGAUCAUAGGCUUGAAUGCGAUGUAGAAGAGAGAGAGAGGAUUGUUGCAAGUGGAGGUGAGGUUGGUAGGCUUAAUACUGGUGGCGGUACACAGAUUGGUCCUCUAAGAUGUUGGCCUGGUGGAUUAUGCCUUUCUCGUUCUAUUGGAGAUAUGGAUGUUGGCGAGUUUAUUGUCCCAGUUCCUCAUGUCAAGCAAGUGAAGUUUUCAAGUGCUGGUGGAAGGCUUAUAUUGUCAAGUGAUGGUGUUUGGGAUGCUUUAUCUGCAGAGACAGCAUUAGAUUGUUGUCGUGGAUUGCCUCCAGAUGCUGCAGCUUCACAGAUAGUUAAAGAAGCUGUACAAUUGAAAGGACUACGAGAUGAUACAACUUGCAUUGUGAUCGACAUACAACCUUCAGAGAAGCCAACCCCGCCUGUGCCACCUCCAAAGAAGCAUGGUAAAAUAGUUUUCAAGUCCAUGUUCUGGAGGAAAUCUUCCGAGUCAUCUUCUCAAAUUGAUAAAGUUGCUUGUGAGCCAGAUGUGGUGGAGGAGUUAUUUGAGGAAAGCUCUGCAUCCCUCUCAGAAAGGUUGGAGACGAAGUACCCAAUCUGUAACAUGUUUAAGUUGUUCAUGUGUGCCAUUUGUCAAGUAGAGAUAAAGCCUGGGGAGGGUAUUUCAAUACAUGCAGAUGCUCCAAAUUCCGGCCAGUUGCGGCCUUGGGACGGACCUUUUCUUUGCCAAAGCUGCCAAGAGAAGAAGGAAGCCAUGGAAGGGAAAAGACCUGGAAAUGGAAGGUACAGCAGUGGAAGUGACUAAUCAACCAUUUGUCCUAUAAUUCUGCAUCUGGCAAGCACUAAUUAUAUAUAUAUAUAUAUAUUUCUGAGACUGAUCAUGAACAUGGAGAGAAGAAACUUGGUUACCAUGAUGUAAAUCCUUUGUGUCUCGCAUGGAUUCUCAGGCGUUUCAAUCCAAUUCUUCUAAAAUUGUAGUUGGAAAUCAUCGGGAUCUUUGCUCUGCAUGAUUUAUGUACCUUGCUCUCCCCUCCCCUCCCCUCCCCUCCCGGACAGAAGAAGAAAAUGAUGAUGAUGAUGAUGAUCAGACAGACUUGAUAUAAACUGUUACUGGAAAAGUAUAUUUCUGAGUUCUGAGGAGAUAGAUGCAUUGAAGCUGUGAAGCCCGGUGGACUGUGUUAUAUAUAGUUGGAAUUUGAGGGAAGCCUCUGGAGCUGGACCAUCAUGUAUACAAUACAACACAUAACAGCAAGUUUAAUUCUCUUCUUGGUAUAAGUUAUAUAAUUAGUUAACAAGGAGUUGUAUAAAUUAAUGAUGUCUGUCAUAGGAGGAGGAAGAAGAUGGAUGGACAAAAGGGUGGUGUUCUUUUUAAGAUGAAAUAUUUGUGAUACACUCUCACCACUCAC